AUGAAUCGCCGACUUCUGACCUCCCCCAAGGAUGCCACUGGCUGUCAGGAGUACCCGGCCAGCGACAAGUCCACAAUGUCUCAUCUGACAUUACGCAACAUCUGGGCUCCGUGCAAAGCCGCUGACACGAACAUAUGGGCCCGGCUCCGUCUCGCGGCUAACAUCGCUAUCGUCGCUAACGUCUCCAGUGAAGCAGUUGGCUGGGGCAUGUUGCGGGCUGUAUUCGGAGCAGCCGAGCGGACCGUGCCCCCCAACGUUCAGCUCUUGAUGAGGAGGAAACCCUGCUAUGCUCCUCAUCAUCACCCCUGCGUCUGUGCCAAGCUGCUCUCGGCCCGGCGCUGGUGGCUACGCUGCUCUGGAGGAGGCGGGACCAGUGAUUGA